GCCCCCGGCUCCGCCCGCCCCAGGUGAACCAUCGCCCCGCUGAGCUGCCGCCUGGGCCGGGUGACCCCGGCGCCCCCCGCCAUGCCGGCCCCUGCCCAGCCCCGGCCAGCUGCAUGGUGAGCCCGCGGCCAGCCGGAGCCGCAGGGACGUGUCACGGGGUGCAGGACUUGCCGGGUGCCAGGGGAGCAGGGUCUGUCUGGCCCGGCCCACUGGCUCCAGUCAAUCAUUAACCGCGGCAAGGAGAUGGCUGAGAAAGACGGGGGCCCCACGGUGCCAUGCUGGUCGCUGCCCAAGGUUGUGGCUGUCGUGACUGGUGGUUUCCUGCUCUUAGCCGGCAUCGGAGCCAGCGUGUGGGCCAUUGUGACAUCUGUGCUGGGGAGCGACAGUGAAGGACUGUAUGGUGUCCAGGUCAGUUCGGCCGACCUCCGGCUCACACUGUACGAUGAGAGCGAGAGCAAAUGGCGCCUUCUCUGCUCCACCACCUCCAAUGCCCUGGUGGCUGCGCUGAGCUGCGCAGAGAUGGGUUUCGUCAGGUCUCUCUGGCACUCGGAGUUGGAUGUGGAGCGCGCGGGCACCAAUGGGACAUCGGGAUAUUUCUGUGUGGACGAGUCUCGCCUGCCCCUGGCCCAGAGACUCAGUGAGGUCAUCUCCAUCUGCGACUGCCCGACGGGCCAGUUCCUUGCGACACUCUGCCAAGACUGUGGGCGCAGGAAGCUGUCUGUUGACCGGAUCGUGGGGGGCCAGGACGCCAGUCUGGGCAAGUGGCCGUGGCAAGUCAGCCUGCGCUACGACGGCACCCACCUGUGCGGUGGCUCCAUCAUCUCCAGCGAGUGGGUUGUCACUGCCGCACACUGCUUCCCUGAGAGAAACCGGGUGGUGAGCCGCUGGCGGGUUUUCUCUGGCGCCAUCUCUCAGGUGUCCAGCAGAGGGCAGCAGGUGGGGGUGACGGGUGUGGUGUACCAUGCGGGCUACCUGCCCUUCCUGGACCCCAACAGCGAGGAGAACGGCAACGACAUCGCGCUGGUGCACCUGGCCACGCCCCUCAGCUUCACCGAGGACGUCCAGCCCGUCUGCCUCCCGGCACUGGGGCAGCCCCUCCUGGACGGCAAGGUCUGCACUGUGACCGGCUGGGGCAACACCCAGUACUACGGGCAGCAGUCUGGCAUCCUGCAGGAGGCUUCCGUGCCCAUCAUCAGCACCACUCUGUGCAACUCGCCUGAAUACUACGGCAACCAGAUCCGCCCCCGCAUGUUCUGCGCUGGCUACGCUGAGGGUGGCACCGACGCCUGCCAGGGUGACAGCGGGGGUCCCUUUGUGUGUGAGGACGGCAUCUCCCGCACCCCGCGCUGGCGGCUCUGCGGCGUGGUCAGCUGGGGAACCGGCUGCGCCCUGCCCCAAAAGCCGGGGGUCUACACCAAGGUUGGCGCCUUCCACGACUGGAUCCACCAGGCCAUGAAGACUCACUCCCUGGCCAGCGGGAUCGUUUCCCAGCACUGACCCCUGCUGCCUAGGUUCCCGCACAAUGGAGUUACGCCACCCCACUGGCGCCAGCCCUCCCCUCGCCCCCCACGCCAGACAGACGCCGCCCCCUCCAUUCCAGCCACGACGGGCAGAUGUGCCUACAUGACCCACUGGACUUUGCGACCCGACAACCUUUGACCUCUGACCCCACAGCGCCUUGUCUGCAUUACUGGAAUGAGAGUGUGGGUGGGGGUCAGAUCCACCUAUCACAAUGCAGCGUGGCCCUUUAAGCCUCCACCCACCAAUGGUGGACUUGUAGAUCCACCUAUCAUAAUACAGCACUGGCCCCUUAAGAACCCACCUACCAAUGGGGGGGGGUUUUGCAGCGCCAGCCCUUUAAGUCUCCACCCACCAAUGGGUUCUUCUGCUAGAGCCCAGCUACUAAUAGGGCUGCUCCAUAGCCUGCUAGAGUUCUUCAUCCUGUGGUUGGGGGGGGGGGAAGGGGGCUGGAGAAGAGCUUCUCUUUGAUUGGUUAACAGUGGUGGGAGUGACUGCAUAGGCCACACCCUCUGCCGCGCAUCAGCCAACCAGGGUGGAGCUGCCUGCCUUUAACCCCUGCAGUUCUGGGCAAGAGCAGCCCCAUCAGCCUGGGGCGCCCGGGGGGGAUUAGAUCCCGACCCACAGCCCUGGGAGGAACCGGGGCACAACCCGGGGGGGCUGAGACAAAGCCCUGCACAGGGUGGAGUAGACCCUGACCCACACCCUGGGAGCAAUCCCAAUACACAGCCCUGGGGGCUGCUGGACACCUGGGUCCAGAGCUGCUGCCCUAAACCAGGACAGAGCCUCUCCCUGCCCCAGCAGGGCCCCAGAGGGAGGGGCUGCUCACCCCUGCCGGGCUGCCCCCUUCCCAGCAGGCCACACACCUCCACGGGCUGGGAGCCUCCCUCCCAGCACCGAGUCCAAGGUGGCCAACAGCAAAUCCCCCCCACCCCAUAGUGCCCCCAUGGGCAGCACUGCUCCCACCUCCUGUGAUUGCCUGCCCCAGCAAUGGGUCCUGGGGGGCUGGGAAGGGACCAGGGCUCCCCUUGCAUCUAUGUGGGGCCCCAGGCUGAGCCCCCUGCAUCCCAGUGUAUUGGGGGCAGUGUAUGGAGGGUCCUAUCCCAGCGAGCACCACAUCGGUUGGCACACAGCCAGGGCUGUGCAUUGGUCAAAGGAGUGGACGUGGGCUGGGAGCCCCAUAGCAGGGAUUGGGGAGGGCAGGGGGAACAGCUUGGCUUACAGAGGUGAAUGUGCACAUAGAGCAGGGCCCAUCCUCUCUAGCAGGGGGAGACAGACAGACAGACAGACACACACACACACACACACACACACACACCCUCUCCCGCAUCCCUGCUACACAAACUCUCACAGAUCCCCCAGCCCUGCCCAGCGGGUGACACCUGGGAGUUGUGGCUCAGGUGGCAGAGCCCAAGCUGUAAUUUUGCACCCGGCUGCUCCCUGCACAAUCCGCCGGGGGCGGGGGGAGGAGGGGGGCUACCUGUACAUAGCUUAUUCCAUUAGCUCCUCUCCCCCGUGCCUUGGGGACGAGUCCCUCCUGUUGUAUAUGUUUGCACAGUGAUCGCUGCAAUGAGAAAUAAACACCGUUUGGAUUAGA